AUGUUCGUCAUAGUCGGAAGAGAUCCUGAUCGAAGUUAUCCAAUAUUAUUAUUUUUAGGCGAAAUAUUUGGUUUGUUAAGUGUUAUAUUAGUUGGUUUAUUAUUUGAUAGACGAGUCUCUUCUAAUGUUUAUGAUUGGACAACAAAUCCAUUUAGUUAUCAUCCAGUAAUGAUGACAAUUGGUUUAUUAUUUUGUUAUGGAAAUGCUAUUCUUUUAUAUCGAACAUUUAAACAAACGUCGAAAUUAAUGAUGAAGAUAUUCCAUGCUUGUUUUUUGAUAAUAUCAUUAACUUUGGCUAUAUUUGGAUUGGCUGCUAUUAUUCGAAGUAAAAUUAUUAGCAAUCGACCACACUUUAUGACUUUUCAUUCAUGGAUUGGAAUAGCAACAAUAGGUUUAUUUGCAUUUCAAUGGAUUUGUGGUUUUAUUAGCUAUUUAUUUCCAAAAUUAAGUUUAGAUAUUCGACAAGGAUAUAUGCCUACGUAA